UCAACAACUCUUCAGCGGACUACCCACAAAACUUCACCAGAUCCCACCGAAAAACAAAAAAGCAAGCAAGAAAGAAAAAGAUUACUUCGCUGGAAAGCAAGGGAAAUAUCGUUGCCUAUUCCUAUUUUCAGUUUCUUCUUCUUCUGGCAUUCGCUAGGCGAUUGACUCUCUCUGUGCUAGGGUUUCGGAUCCUGUCCUGGGACCAGGGCUUGCUUGAUCUGGCUCGCUCGCUAUGUCGCCGGCGGCGAGAGCUUUUUUUCUCGCCCUCGUCCUAUUUUUCGCCAACUCUAUUCACCUCUCCAACGCUAAAUUGGAGGCCACGGACAACGAUCCUUGCCCCGCCUUAUCCGACGGAUCCCGAUCCUGCCCCAUCAAUUGCUUCCGACCAGACCCUGUUUGCGGCGAGAACGGAGUGACGUACUGGUGUGGAUGCCCGGAGGCCGCGUGCGCCGGCGUCCGCGUGGCGAAGAGUGGGUACUGCGAGGUUGGAAACAGCGGGAACGGCCUCCUCUCAGGGCAGGCCUUCCUCCUCAUACACAUUGUGUGGCUCAUCAUUCUCGGCUUCUCUGUCCUUUGCGGCUUUCUUUGAGCUCGAUGCCCUCUUUUUCUUAUCGGUACAUCUGUAAUUCGUAGAUCUAUUUUUAAUUCUUUUUCUUGAAUGUAUCAUUCAUGAAGUUAAUUGAUUGGAGUUGAUGAUGCCUUAAUUAGUCUAUGAAAUAGGGUUUGUGGUAUAAAUUUCAGGCUUUGACCUGAAAAUUUGAGGAACUGUUGAAGAAAGAAAGAGAUUUAAUUUCUGUUCUUGUUUCAUCA